AUGACAGAAGAAGUGCCCGCAGCUGCCACCAUGCCAGCGUGCAACGGGAGCCUUCCCCGGGAGGACGGCCCGCUCCAGGUCACCGGGGGCAUCGAAGAAAUUCCAAAAUCUGUUGGGACGGUCCCAUACGCAAAUGCGGACAUGAGCCCUGACACUUCACCUGCAAAGGAAAGCCUGGAGGAAACCAGAAACUCAUUGGCAGAGGACAUCACUCCUGAGAAUUUUGCCGGAGAGAAGCGAUGUCAAGAAAAGCCAGAGGAGAGCGUUGGGACAUUACAGCAGGGAGCAGUGGAUAUCCAGGACACAGGGACCAAUGGCCAGGGAUCAGGGGAAGGGCCGGGUGGCACAGCGGGGAUGAGCACCGAGACACUGCCGGGCAGCGCCGAGCCCCGAGCGAAUGUGGCCGAGGAGGAGGAGGAGGAGGAGGAGGAGCAGGACACAGAAGAGGAUGAAGUUCAGGUGAUUGAAAUCAAGAAGGAGAACAGCGAGGGGUCCCUGCCGGACAGCGGCAAGCAGGCAUCGCCCCCAGGCAGCCCCGGCUGCAACUCCCCGCUGGAGAAAGCUGGGGAGCAGCCCGGCCUGGGGAAGAAGAACGACAUCUCCAGACACAGCUAUUCCAGAUACAACACAAUCUCCUACCGGAGGAUCCGCAAAGGAAACACCAAACAGCGCAUCGACGAGUUCGAGUCCAUGAUGCACUUAUGAACUGAGGGGGAAGCGCCGAACCCAUCGAGCCCUCGCUCGGGGCUUGGUUUCAUUUUGUUCCCCCAAAAUGUGUUCUCUUCACACAACACAAGGUCACUGCUUUUCUUCUUUUUGUAUAUGAUUUAUAAUACACUGUGAAAAUUUAACAUCUUGGCUUUGACAGGGGCAGAGGCAUCCAUAGCGCAGGAAAAUAAAUAAUCAGUUUGCUA